GACCAGUGGUCUCUCUCUUAAAAGCGCGAGUGCUGGAAAGAUCCUCCUGAUCUCUUACCAAGCUACCGAAGCAUCCUGCUGAUUAGGAUGGAGGUGACAUUGCGCGUACUGUAUUUCUCAUGCCGCACAGGCACUUUCGCAGCCAGACUUGGACCUGUCCGUCCCUUUAGCUUUACCGUCCACAGGGGAGGCUACAAAAAUGUGAAUGCUGAGGAGUUGCCUCUGGACAUGAAGUCCAUCACAGACCGCGCAGCACAAACACUGCUGUGGACCGAGCUUUUCAGAGGUUUGGGCAUGACCAUGAGUUAUUUGUUUAGAGAACCAGCUACUAUUAAUUAUCCUUUUGAGAAAGGCCCUCUCUCUCCCCGUUUCCGUGGUGAACAUGCACUGCGCAGGUAUCCCAACGGAGAGGAGCGCUGUAUUGCAUGCAAACUGUGUGAGGCUGUGUGUCCUGCUCAGGCCAUCACUAUAGAAGCAGAGACCCGUGCAGACGGCAGCAGAAGAACAACCCGUUACGACAUUGACAUGACCAAAUGCAUCUACUGUGGAUUCUGCCAGGAGGCCUGUCCUGUGGAUGCAAUCGUAGAGGGUCCUAAUUUUGAAUAUGCCACUGAGACUCAUGAAGAGCUGCUGUAUAAUAAGGAAAAACUGUUGAAUAAUGGCGAUCGAUGGGAGGUUGAGAUUGCUGCUAACAUUCAGGCAGAUUACCUGUACAGAUGAACCAUUAAAGGUCAGGUAGCAUCCUGAUAACAGCAAAACAAACAGUAGAAAACAUCAUUUCAGAAGCUGUCUGAGUCAUAUAAAUGGCACUUUGUAUAGAACCAAAAAAAGUAUUAAUAUAUUUGCUGUCUAAACGCACAAAGCAAGCACAAGACACAAUAUAAUACGCAAUGCAUAUCUGUGAGCAUUCAAACAGUAGGUUUUACUCACAUAUUAUGCACAAUUAUAUAUAUAGGCCUAUGAAUGUUCACAGCGAAUUUGCAUAUUUAUUUAUUCUCUGAUAAAGUGAUUUAAUGACAAAUAAAACAAGAAAUAAAAUACAGUGUACUUCUUUUCUAAUGCAAAAUUAUUUAAAAAAAGCUGAUAUUGUAACUGUUUAGAUUACAAAUGUUAUUAUUGUUGGCUUUGUUUACUUAGGCCUAUAUCAUAUCAAUCCUACAUUAUAAAUGUGAAAUAUAUAUUGUACAUCUAAUCAUAUUAAUUUGAACAUAUUCUAUGUAUAUAUUAUAUUAAAUUGUUAAUGAUAUAUUAUUUCAUGUAGUAUAAUAUAAUUUGAACACACAAAUCUGUUAUUUAAAGUAGUGCAUUUCAAACAUAAUAGGUUUCUCCCAGAGCACAUAUUAUGCACAGAUGUAUGUGAAUAUUAAAGUUAACAUAUUCCGUUAUCCUCUGAUAAAGUGAUAUUAAUGAAAUAAAUAAAAAAUAAAACAAAUGUACAAAUGA